AUGGAGGCGGGCACAACGGCGGCGGCCUACCUCCCGGACGACCUCGUCGUCGACAUCCUCACGCGUCUGCCGGCCAGGUCGCUCUGCCGCUUCAAGUGCGUGUCCCGGCGCUGGCAUCGCCUCAUCUCCGACCCCACCCACCGCGCCAGGCUCGCGCAGACCCUCUCCGGCUUCUUCUUCGUCUCCCACGGCCCCACCUGGCGCUUCGCCGGCCUGCCGUCCUCGUCCGUCACUCCGCCCGGUGGAGACGGUGGCCCGCCUCUGGUGGACGCCACCCUCUCCUUCCUCCCCACUAGCUGCAUGGAGAGGGAGAUCAAGAUACUGGACUCUUGCAACGGGCUCCUCCUCCUGCUCUGCUCGGACGAGCGCCCGUGGCCUCCCCCGCCGCCAUUUUACGUCGUCUGCAAUCCCGCCACCAGGGAGUGGGUGGCCUUGCCGCAACCGAGGCACACUCCCGGGCAGGACGCCUACUGCUGUGAUUGUGAUGGGAACGUGAUCACCGGGUACGCUGCAGUAGGCUUCGAUCCGGCAGCCUCCUCGCUUUUCUACGUGUUCCAGAUUGUGCAGGUGUAUUACGACACACAGCCUUACCUUGUGGCAGUGGAGAUCUACUCAUCCGAAACUGGAGCAUGGGUUCUGAGCGAAACGUGGUGGGGCAAUGGAUACUUCGGAGUCUUCACGCACCAGAUGACCUACUUCAAUGGCUCCCUACAUCUCACUGAUGACUCCGGCGCAGUGGCGUCGGUGGACAGCAAGGGUUCAUGGAGGAUCACCCAAGUGCUGCGCGGUGAGGUUGACGAGGAGGAUAACCAUCGCCAUGGACAUCGUGGUUACAUAGGCCAUUCUCAAGGGCGCUUGCUUUACCUGGACGAUGUCCGCGGAGAGGAUGUCCUCUCAAUUUACGUUCUUGAGGACCAGGACUGUGGGGAGUGGACCCUUAAGUGCCGUGUUAGCAAGAAGGAUCUCCUCUUUGAGCCGUGGAAGAAGAUACUGAGACCAACCUACUACAAAGCUGGAUUCCAUCCGAACGGCGAUUUGAUUUUCUUCUACGACCGGACACGGGAGAGGCUCAUCUCCUACGAUAUGAGUCGCGGCGAUUGGCGUGUUGUCUGCACGCUCACAGACUUCGAACAUGCCCAUCGCGCGUUUUUCCCAUAUGUUCCAUGGUACUCUGGGGGAUUGGCAUCGCCAAAUAGCAACUAG